UAAGCAAGGAGAGCGUGAAAGAUGCGUCUGCUGAGAGCCCAGAGCAGCGUGGAACAGCUUUCCUCAGUCAAUCAGCAGCAGAGAUGGGCCCGGAGAGGAAGCUGGACGUCCCGGUCUACGAUCUCUCUCUGAUCAGAGGGAUGUGGGAGGUCCGAGUGAAGAAGCACAGAGAGAGGCAGACGAAGGAGAAGGAGAGGAUCGAGCAGAGCGCCCUCGCCAGGAUCGACCAGGAGUGGCAGUAUCGCAUCUACUGCAAGACCCUGAAGACCUCCGAGCUCAACCUGCUGCAUCAUUACCUGGAGAGGUCGACGCUGACAGACAUUCAGCCGUGCACGGAGUCAGACCAGCAGCAGUGUCAGGACGUCCAGCAGGAUCCCGAUGAGGUCAAACUGAGCUUCCAGCUGGAGGGCGAACGCUGGAUGGAUUUUCCCCGCGAGCUGCAGUGGAUGACCUACCUGAAGGAAUGGCACGUGAGGAGAACGAGGAUCUGCCGACUCCCUGACUACCUGGCUCUGUUUACCCAGCUCACCAUUCUGGACAUCCCCAAAAACGCCAUCACUGAGCUGCCGCCCGAGAUUGGUAAACUGACGGUGCUGAGGGAGCUGUACGUCAGCUACAACCGACUGUCCCGAGUUCCUCCGGAGCUCGGGAACUGUGAGAAACUGGAGAGACUCGAGCUCGCAGGAAACCACAACCUGUCCGAGCUGCCGUUUGAGCUGAGCAGCCUGAAGCAGCUGGUCCACCUGGACAUCGCGGAGAACAGGUUUGUCUCGAUCCCCAUCUGCGCUUUGAGGAUGACGAGCCUGCAGCUGCUGGACCUCAGCAACAACUGCAUGACUGACCUGCCGCAGGACAUGGACAGGCUGGAGCAGCUCGUCACCCUGUUCAUCCACAAGAACAACUUCACUUACCUCCCUCACUGUCUCGCCAACAUCACCACGCUGGCAAUGAUCGUCGUCAGUGGCGACGAGCUCACCUGCAUCCCAACUAAACUCUGCAACAACCCCGAAAUCAAGUUCAUUCGCCUCUACGACAACCCUGCGAGCAAAGAGAAGAAGAAGAAAAAGGAGGAGAAGAAGAAAGAGGGUGUGAGAAGGAGGUGGAGGGAGCAGAGGGAGGGAGAGGAGGUGAAGGAUAGCAGAGAGAAAGAGUUCAUUGAAGCGUACAUCAGCUCACUGCAGGACAGAGACACCGUCCCCUACGCCACCACCAAAGUCUCCAUUUCCUGCCUGCUUUGAGAAAGAGGAGGAGGAAGCCGAUGAAGGUUGAGAGGAUGAUGACUGAAGGAUGACAGCACUGAGGAAUUUUAAAAGAGGAUGCUAACAGAGGUUAACAUGGGAGGUGACGUGAAAAUGUGUUUUUAAUCUUUCAUACCAUCUCAAAAUUAUAAGAUAACAUUAAAGUUUAGUCCUUUAUUAAUAUUCUUUUUAAACUAAUUGUUAAAUCGUUGAAUCUGGGAAAAAUAAAAUCAGGAGGUUCACGUAAACACUGAAUGCAUUAAUCUCAGGUAAUUAUAAUUUAUUUCAAAUUUAAUUAUUAAAAUUAAUAAUUAAGUAUUGCUUGUAGGACGUUAUUCAGAGUAUAUUUAUUGGGUAUGAUACAACAAACCAAAUACAUAAGAAGUCAUGCUCACAUAAAAGUUACAGGAAAAAAAUAAAGUUUAUCUUUAAUAAUUGAAUCUCUUAGGAAGUUCAAGUGUUUGAUAUUAAUUCAUAUUUCUGAUGCUGGUUGCUUUUUUUUGUCAGACUUCAAACAUUAAAACAUGUAAAAUGAAAAAAAAAAAAUCAUAUCUAACAAAAAUCGAGACGCUACAGUCGAAACGUGUUUUUGGACGCGAGUCAACUUUCAUAUAUUUACAUUAAAUAUUGAUGAAGAUAAAAUCAAUUCCAAUCCCUGUUAAUCGAUCGCUGAACUGUUUUAUUUAUGAAUCUUUUUUCUUUUAGUUUUGAAUAUGUCGAUUGUCUAAAUCUCUUCAUUUCAAAAUCAAAUUCACAUUUGAAAUCAACAGAAACAGACAGAAGCUGAUUUCUUUGUGAUCCUGAGCAGAUUUGACUUUUAUUCACUUUUACAUUUCUCACAUUUAUCAGCUGAUUUUUCUUUUUUCUCUGUGUAAAUGUAGUUUUUUGUUCAAAGUGUGAAAGUUGUGACCAAAUAGAUUUUCUGUUUAUCAGGUUUGAUUUCUAUGAUUUCUUGGAUGGAUUUAGUGUAUUUUUCUGUGGUUGUCAUAGUUACAAACUUAGAAGCUUUGAUUUGUGCAUUAAAAUAUAGAAAAGUUUUUGCUGUUCAAACAAAGUUUUUUUCUUUUUAAGUUUCUGUAAAAUGGAGAAAAACGUAUUUUAAUAUUUGUGAUUUUUACUGAAGCAGCUUUGAUUCAGACAUUUGUGAUUUUAUUUUUAUUUAAUGUUUGUAAAAACACAUUUUUCAAUGAUGGCCACAUUUUUGACAAACUUUCUAAUUUAAAUAAACUGAAGUUUAAUUUGGUCGAUUCAUGUUGUCUGUUGACCAAAGUAACGUACGAAUGCUUCAGAGAGCUGAGCAUGAACGAGCUGAAGCACUGAUGAUGUCACACAGAGCCAUCGGUGCAGGUUACUGCUGCUGAGGGAGGACCGACAAACCGCUGGAUCGUGAGGUGGACUUUUUUUAUAUUUAUAAAGGAAAUGUUCGGGUUUUUUAUUCUCAAAUUUAGAGUAAAAAAGAAUAACAAGGAAAUAAAAUACAAAACAAAUACUCACUUUUCUUAGUUUUAAUCAAUAAAAAAUAAAAUUAAAUAGAAAAAAAAAGUCACAAAUUGAACUGAAAUAAAAAAAAAAACCACACAUUUCAAAUGUCACACAUUUCUCUUUAUUGUUAUUAAUAUUCUCGUUAUCAUAGAUAUUAUUCAAAAUUAUGUUCUUAGGAUAAAAGAGCAAAAGCAAAAUACACGACGUCUCUCGGUUUAAAUAUAAAAGUGAUAUGAACACGAGUGAUUCAGGCACACGUUCAGAGAAAUUGAAGUGCAGCAAUCAGCAAAAGGUCUGCACAGAGGAGGAAGAGGAGGAACAUCUGGGAAUGUCUGUCAGUCGCUGCGGCGGCCAUGUUGGCGCGUCAGCCUUCACGCCUCACCGUAAAAAAAGAAAAAAAAGCCUCUGAGGAGGAUUUACAGCCUCCAUCGUCUGUGUGACCAAACACAAGCCAACAUUUAAAAACGUCACGUUUUACUUCAUGAACGGUUUCAGAGACUCAUCAACGGGGAAAUUCAUUAAAAAAAA